ACAGGCAAAAGAAAAGAGGCACUUCCACAAUUCAUUUAUAUAAACUCCACACCCGUCUCCAUUCCUUUCUUAAAACAUCCCUCAGUUCAUCACAAUGGCCGCAGAGAAGGUUGAAACUGUCAUAGCCGGUAACUACGUCGAGAUGGAACGGGAAGAAACCGAUUCCAAGUCUGCUGAGAGUAAAUUAUCACAAUUGUUUUGGCACGGUGGCUCGGUCUAUGAUGCUUGGUUUAGCUGUGCUUCUAAUCAGGUUGCACAAGUGCUUCUGACACUGCCUUACUCAUUUUCACAACUGGGAAUGUUGUCUGGGAUUCUUUUUCAACUGUUCUAUGGCUUGAUGGGAAGCUGGACUGCUUACCUCAUAAGUGUCCUUUAUGUCGAGUACAGGACUAGGAAGGAGAGGGAAAAGGUUGAUUUCAGGAACCAUGUCAUUCAGUGGUUUGAAGUACUUGAUGGGUUACUGGGAAAACACUGGAGAAAUAUUGGCCUCUUUUUCAACUGUACUUUUCUUCUAUUCGGAUCCGUGAUUCAGUUAAUUGCUUGUGCAAGUAACAUCUACUACAUAAAUGACAAUCUCGACAAGAGAACUUGGACUUACAUCUUCGGAGCCUGUUGCGCCACCACAGUUUUUAUACCUUCAUUUCAUAACUACAGAAUCUGGUCAUUCUUAGGCCUUGUGAUGACGACUUACACUGCAUGGUAUCUAACCAUUGCUUCAUUUCUCCAUGGACAGGUUGAGGGAGUGAAGCACUCAGGUCCAACCAAAAUGGUUCUGUACUUUACUGGGGCUACAAACAUUCUUUACACCUUUGGUGGGCAUGCUGUGACAGUGGAAAUCAUGCAUGCAAUGUGGAAGCCACAGAAGUUCAAACUGAUAUACUUGUUUGCAACACUCUAUGUGCUAACCCUUACGCUACCGUCAGCUAGUGCUGUUUAUUGGGCAUUUGGGGAUAUGCUCCUUAACCAUUCAAAUGCCUUUGCUUUGCUUCCAAGGACUGGAUUCAGAGACAUUGCUGUUAUCCUCAUGCUCAUUCAUCAGUUCAUUACAUUUGGAUUUGCAUGCACUCCUCUAUACUUUGUGUGGGAGAAAUUCAUUGGGGUGCAUGACAUUAAAAGUAUUUACAAGAGAGCUCUGGCUAGGCUUCCAGUGGUCAUCCCCAUUUGGUUCCUGGCGAUUGUCUUUCCAUUCUUUGGCCCGAUCAACUCAACGGUCGGAUCGCUUCUUGUUAGCUUUACCGUCUACAUAAUUCCGGCACUAGCCCACAUGAUAACUUUUGCUUCUACAUCAGCUCGAGAGAAUGCAGUGGAGAGACCACCAUCAUUCCUGGGAGGUUGGGCAGGCUUAUACUCCAUGAACAUCUUUGUGGUAGGAUGGGUUUUGGUGGUUGGUUUUGGGUUUGGAGGGUGGGCAAGCAUGCUCAACUUUAUACGUCAAAUAGAUACAUUUGGUCUCUUCACUAAGUGCUAUCAGUGUCCUCCACACAAAGCUUGAAUUGAUUCCCAACUUCUGAAAAGAAGAUAGUUUACAGAAAGAAUUAAGAUAAGUAUGGAAGUGUGUAAAGGGAUUGGCAUUUGUACUUUUCACUUUCGAGUUUUUUUCUUUUGGGUCCUCUGUUCUUGUAAGAAUGUAAUGGUGUGUUGGUCAUCUUAAAAUUAACUGUUCCCUUUCUUUUUGUGGGAUUUUUUAUAAUAUUGAGUGCUUUGAACAAAAUUUAUUUACAUUGACGAACAUGUUAGUAUC